CACUAACAGCCUGAGACACAAACUGGCUGAACUCAGGCAGCUAUUCAUGAACGUAAUCAGAACAUGGUGAUCAUCUAAAGAUCAUACCAUGUUCUGUCUCUGUGGAUCUGGAUCAGGUGUAAUGGAUUCCUGUCGUGGCUCCAUCCAGCUGAAGAGGUCUCAGCGUCUCUUCCAGAAACUGAUCACUGAAGCUGCCACUGGCCUCAGUUUCUCCCCGGACACACUGGAAGACCUAACACCAGGCAAAACCUCCUACAACCAGGCCGACUUCCAGCAGCUAUUCAAGCCCAGUGGAGUCCUGAAACCGAGGAAACCGAAAGAGAGGAAUCUGUGUCGACCGGCUCCGAGGCCUCCAGGGAGAUUCACAGGUUUACUUCCUUUAGAGAAGUCUGAGGAUCCGGCACUUCUUCAGCAGCAGACGGUAUAUAUUGUGCAGGAGUCCCAGAGUAGAACCAGGCCGACAGCAGCUAAAAAGGACAAACCUGCUCACAUGGCGACACAUAGAAACCAGGACCAGAACUUCUUGAAUCAGAUGGUAAAAUACCAAAAGAACCUGCAGAGGCUGAGUGGCUCAGAGAAGAUGGCCACACACCCCAGCAAGAGCCUGAAAACAGACCUGAGUGUCCCAGAGGACCGCAACUCCACGGCUGUCAGCAGACCACCAACAGAUGCUGCAGGUGCUGACGGCUGGCUGGCUGCACAGUGUUCAGCUCACGGUGGAGAUCAACAUCACAGAGUCAUCCAGAGACUGAUAGCACAACUCUGUGAGGCUGAUCAGCAGGAGGAUCAGCAGGAUGAUCCGGAUCCACCCCUCGAUGCCCAGCUGGUGGUUCCUCUGCUCAGCUUCCUCAGCAGCCAGACUACUCUUGUCCGCUCACUGUUGGCGGAGCAGCUGAACAGCUCUGAGUGGAGAACCAGACUGGUGUCCUGCAACACUCUCUGCUGCCUCAAAGGGCCCAUUAAUAAGGACGUGGUGCACAAGCUGCUCCACCUGAUGUUGAACGACCACAGCAACCCUGUCCGCCGCGCUGCCGCAGAGGCGCUGAUGAAGCUGGGGAGGAUUCAUCAGGUUCACACUGAGCUAAGGUUGAAGCUGGAGGAGGGUCGGGGUCUCCGGGGCCGGAUGGAGGCUCUGGAAGUGAUCUGCCAUCUGAAGAUAAAGACAGAGACGCUGCUGGAGCCUGUGAUUCGCUGCCUGAGUGAUGAGUUCACUGCCCUCAGGAAACAAGCCUGUCUGACGGCUGCAUCUAUGCAGCUGAGGGAGGAGAGGCGUUGGGUGUCGUUGGUUUAUCCUCCCCAGACGUGCAGGAGGCUCUGA